CUCGGAAACGAGGAAUUGAAACCAGACGAUUAAUUGAACGGUCCUGAGACGACUCACCACAUGUAUCACCCAGCCCAACCAGCCAGACAGCUGAGCUAACCUCUCUCCCAAACUCAGCCAUAACUCAUAUUGUCUACUGUUAGGUAGCAAAAAGGCAAAGCCAAGCCAAGCAGAGGAAAACAUGAACUCAUCACCCAAUCCUCCACAACCCCCUCCGCCGCAGUCUUCCACUUCCACCACCGCCACUGAUGGCUCCGGCAAGAAAGUCAGGAAACCUUACACCAUUACUAAGUCGCGUGAGAGCUGGACUGAAGAAGAGCACGACAAAUUCCUUGAAGCUCUUCAACUGUUUGAUCGGGACUGGAAAAAAAUUGAAGAUUUUGUCGGUUCAAAGACAGUUAUCCAGAUUCGAAGUCAUGCCCAGAAAUACUUUCUGAAGGUUCAAAAGAAUGGGACGAUUGCGCAUGUGCCGCCUCCUCGUCCCAAGCGCAAAGCUGCACAUCCUUACCCUCAAAAGGCCUCCAAAAAUGCAGUGUUAGUGCCAUUACAAGCAUCCAUGGGUUAUCCUUCAUCGAUAAAUACCAUUGCACCUGGAUAUGCUCCCUGGGAUGAAGCUUCCAUGCUGGUAAACACUGCCUCAAGUAAAAUCAUGUCACCACAAGAUGAAUUUACAGGUCUUCGAGGAACGGAAGCUAAUAUUGGAUCGAAGGGCGUAGCUAAGAUUAGUAACAGUGGUGUUAGUGGCAUUGGAAGCUCAGGUCAAACAAUAUCUAAUUCCGAUAUGUCAAAGCAAGGGAAACAAGCGUCCAUGCUUCACGGUAUACCUGAUUUUGCUGAAGUGUAUAGCUUCAUUGGGAGUGUCUUUGAUCCAGACACUGAUGGGCACGUACAAAAACUCAAAGAGAUGGAUCCCAUAAAUUUUGAAACUGUUUUGUUACUGAUGAGAAACCUCACUGUUAACUUGUGUAGUCCAGAUUUUGAGCCAAUUAGGAAGGUCCUAUCUUCAUAUGAUGUCGGCACAAACACGGUGGGAGUUACCAAAGGAAUUAUUCCCCAAAACCAAAUGAAUGAUAUAUUGUGUUAAGGUGUUUAUUAUGUAGGAUUUUCGGGCAACUACGUUCCUCUCAUAUUAUACUUCUCCAAUGCUGCCCCCAGAACAGAAUCUGUUUUCUGUUGAUUGCUAUCUUAAAUCUAAAGCGAGUGAUGGGAAUUAGGGGCAGCAUCCUUCGAGGUUUACCAGGUGGAGAAGUUGCAGCCAGCAGCCUAUAGAAAAUGCUGGAAACGAUGAGUGGAAGCAAGGUUCUCUACUAAGAACUUUCAAGCUCCUCGUAAUCUUGCAAGAUCAAAUGGAAUGGUUGUCACCUUGUUCUUACCUGUUAACCAGAUAAAUUGUGUAUAUUCUUGUGAGGUCCGUCUUUUAGCCGUAAUUGCGCUGUAUGGCUUAGUAUAGAAGUGAAGUACGAGAAUUCAAAGAUAUGUGUAAUAAGGAUCAUGAUUCUGCCGUUUGAAUGUAGGUAGAAGGAUCUCCAUAACAAAAUAUGAUAGAUUUCUUAUCUAUUCUCA